AUGGACAAUAACCAAGCUCUGUCGGACCUCUUCGACGGCUCUGAGAACCUCUUCAGUAUGCUGGAGUCACUGGAGGACGACAGGGGGAGUCUCCUCUCGCCAUUGGAAGAGGUUUUCAGCCCUCGGGGCUCCUCAUCCGCCGAUUUGGAGGCUCCAGCCUCUCGCAAGAGGAUGAGGAUGGGGGACUAUGCAGCGGCUGCCAUCGCUGUCGCCGGAGAGGGGCAGAUGAGGAUGUCCCAUAUCACCGUGGAGAGGAACCGGCGAAAACAGAUGAACGAGCACCUUUCCGUGUUGAAGUCCCUCAUGCCUUGUUUCUAUGUGAAGAGGGUAAUAUAUCUGUCCUCAUCUCUUAUUCAUCUGAGUAAUCUCUUCGUCCAAGUUUCUCUGCAUAUCCUCUCUCUCUCUCUCUCUCUCUCCUUUUCUACCUAUCUCUAAGUCUCACUUCCGUGUUCACCUUUUAUUUACUGUCAAACCUAAUUGAAACGUGGACGCCAGUACUCUUUUUUCUUCAUUGCCGGACUGCCGUAUGCUUUCCGUAUCCAUCGGCUUGAUAGUUUUUCUCUCUUCUGUUAUGGCCAUGCUACCACACAGCCCAACCUCUCUUUCUCUCUCUCUCUCUCUCUCUCUCUCUCUCUCUCUCUCGCUCUCUCGCUCUCUCGCUCUAAACAUGUGAACAUUAUACAGGGAGAUCAAGCGUCAAUAAUCGGAGGAGUGGUGGAGUACAUCAAGGAGCUGCAGCAGGUGCUACAGUCGCUGGAGGCGAAGAAGCAAAGGAAAGUGUACAGCGAAGUGCUAAGCCCUAGGCCAGUCUCAAGCCCCAGGCCAUCUCCCUUGAGCCCAAGGCCUCCUCCCCCCAGCCCAAGGAUAAGCCUCCCCAUCAGCCCCCGGACGCCCCAGCCGGGGAGUCCCUAUAAGCCUAGGGUGCAACAGUCUUAUCUCUCUCCCUCCAUAUCGCCCUCUCUUGAGCCCUCCGCCGUAUUCGACGGCGCCACCGAUCUGUCGGCGAACUCCAGGUCGCCGGUGGCUAAUGUGGAGGUGAAGUUUCUGGGCCCCAACGUUCUGCUGAAGACGAUAUCCCCUCGUAUCUCGGGCCAAGCCCUAAGGAUAGUCGCUGUUCUAGAGAGACUCGCUCUCGAGAUUCUCCAGGUGGACAUCAACACCGUUGACGACACCAUGCUCAACUCGUUCACCAUCAAGGUAGACCUCUCUCUCUCUCUCUCUCUCUCUCUCUCUCUCUCUCUAGAACGCUUAUAUUUUCUUUUCGGGUUUCUGGGGAGUUUCUACAGUUUAGUUGUCUCAUUCUCCAUCUCUCUUCUGCUGGUUUCUCUCUCUUAUCAAUGUUAUUCCUUGUUGUUCAGAAGAAGGGUACAUUUAAGUGGGGUCCUUCACAGAGUCACCCUCUUAGGGUCCAUUAAAAACUAGGGCUCUUAUCUUCUGUCUGUCUCAACCUUCUCUCUCUCUCUGUCUCUCUCUCUUUCUCUCUCUCUAACUCUAGAUAUUUUUACAUAUAUAUAUAUGCAACGCACUAAAACAAAGUUUGGGUAUCGAUUGAGAAAAAGCACAAGAGUGCAAGAUUAUUAUGCAUCAUUAUCCUCAGACAAAGAAGAUAAAAUAUUCGUAACUAUUCCUUCAUGGGCUUCUCGUCCAUGUUUCGGCAAUGACUGAUUCUAUCUCCGUCCGUUUCUCUCUCUAAACGUUUCUAUUCCUUCCUGCGUUUGAAUGCUCUUCACCUGUGGACAGAUUGGAAUUGAAUGCGAGCUGAGUGCAGAAGAUCUCGCCAACGAAGUACAGCAGACCUUUUCCUGA